AUGAAGCUGCAUAAUUGUAUGUUAAUUCUCUCUGCAUUACAGCAUUCUGAGGGGAAAUAUACCAUGAAGUUCAUUCACCCUACAGCAUACAUGCCUUCAGAGAGCUCUGGGUUUUGCGUUUUACACCACGAACAUUCCAGUCCAUGUCUUUGGUGGACAUCCCGUGUUUCUGCUAGGUUUGGGAAAAGGGUUUGGCUUGAAGUACCGGAUUUCCAAAAUCUAGCAAUUGGCAAUGCCAGCAGCAGCACAGACUUCCUGCUGUUUACAUUCAUGCCAACACAUGCUUUCCCUUUGCUGUUCACGCUAACCAUUUCAGGGGUGGGUAGGAGGACCACAUGA